ACCCCACCCCUUCACCCAAGGAGGGGGAGGGGAGGGGAGGGGAGAGGGCCGAGGCGAGGGAAGGCGAGGAAUCCCUCCUCCAUCCACCAACCGUCCCGCCUGUGUUCUUCUUCUCUGGUGCCCGGCCCCGGCUGUUCCUGCUCGCGGCUCGGGAAGCCCUCCUCCCCCCACCCAUCAUCCAUCCAAUGCGAUGCUAUCGUUGGCGCGCCGGCCGCUCUCCGCCACCGUCCCCGCGGGCAACCUCCUCGGCAUCCAUCUCUUCCAGUGCCCCGACGCCGUUGGCAUCGUCGCCAAGCUCUCGGAAUGCAUCGCCUCCCGCGGCGGCAACAUCCACAGCGUCGACGUCUUCGUCCCCGACGACAAGCCCGUCUUCUACUCCCGCAGUGAGUUCACCUACAACCCAAGGCUCUGGCCGCGCCAUGAGCUCCACAACGAUUUCCUCAAUCUCUCCCGCUGCUUCAAUGCACACACAUCCACCGUACGAGUACCCGACCUUGACCCCAAAUACAACAUCUCCAUCCUCGCAUCAAAGCAGGACCACUGCUUGUUCGAUUUGCUCCAUAGAUGGCAAGAAGGCAGGCUUCCACUACACAUUAGUUGCGUCAUAAGCAACCAUGAUAGACCACAAGAUAAUCAUGUACGGCGUUUUCUCCAGAGGCAUGGAAUCCCAUACCACUACUUACCCACUGCACCUGGCAACAAAAGAGAGCAAGAGAUCUUGGAAUUGAUCCAGGGUACAGAUUUUGUUGUGCUGGCAAGAUACAUGCAGAUACUCUCAGAAAGCUUCUUAAAAGCAUAUGGUAAAGACAUUAUCAAUAUUCAUCAUGGCCUUCUUCCCUCAUUUAAGGGAGGGAGUCCUUCAAGACAGGCCUUCAAUGCUGGGGUGAAGUUAAUCGGGGCAACUAGCCAUUUCGUCACUCAGGAACUUGAUGCUGGGCCAAUCAUUGAACAGAUGGUUGAACGAGUUUCUCACCGAGACACGUUACAGAGUUUUGUUGUCAAGUCUGAGAACCUUGAGAAGCAGUGCCUAGCAGAGGCUAUCAAGUCAUACUGCGAGCUUCGUGUCCUACCAUAUGAACUGAAGAAGACUGUCGUGUUCUGAGCUCCCUUUAUUUUUCUGUCUUAUACUCUUGUGGAUUGGUGUGUGUAUAUUUUUUUUCCCUCACAGAACAAGUGAUAGAUGAUUCACUUUUUGAUAUAUCUCAGCAAUCGCUUCCUAGCUCUGUAUGAUCGUGCAUAACUUACUCCAUUGGUUGAUAUCACGAGCAUACUUGAGCUGUGGCAACAGUUAUUCAUCGAAUACUUGCUUGUUCGUGGCAAUUUUGAUUCA